AGUUCACGGCACCGGCUGCAGCGUGUCGCCACCAGGGGGCGAAGCCCGGGGCGGGGGGGCUCAAUCCAAACCCUCCGCUCGGCUUCUCCUCGUACCAUGAGCUGAAUCUGUCCGGGACAGACCAGGGAAGAUGGCGGCCACUGACCAUUCCCGGUCCGAAGCUGCCAAACAGCGUCGGCAGGAUCAGCUGCAGCGAUGGCUGGGUUCGGAGACGGACCGGACGGGACCGGAGGCCCGCGAAACCCCGAGCGGCGCCGGGACGCGGCGCACGAGAGUCCGGUUCGCCCAGGGAGCCGUGUUCAUGGCCGCCUGCUCCGCCGGGGACCGGGAGGAGGUGGCGGCGCUGCUGCGCCAGGGAGCUGACAUCAACCACGCCAACAUAGACGGACUGACAGCGCUCCACCAGGCCUGCAUUGAUGAAAAUGCUGAGAUGGUGCAGUUUCUGGUUGAGAGCGGGAGUGACGUCAACACGGGGGACAACGAGGGCUGGACUCCUCUGCACGCUGCGGCAUCCUGCGGCUUCAUUCAGAUCACCAAGUACCUGAUCGAGCAUGGUGCUCAAGUCGGGGCAGUGAACAGUGAAGGAGAGCUUCCGCUGGACGUGGCCACAGAAGACGCCAUGGAGAGAGUUCUCAAAGCUGAAAUCAAGAAACAAGGAAUCGACGUGGACAAGGCCCGGAAGGAGGAGGAGAGGAUCAUGCUGCAGGACGCCAUGGCGGUGCUGGCAGGAGGUGGUACUCUCACACCUCACCCAAACACCAAGGCGACUGCUCUGCACGUCGCUGCUGCCAAAGGCUACAUCGAAGUCCUGAAGGUGCUGUUACAGUGUGACGUGGAUGUGGACAGCAGGGACAGUGACAGUUGGACGCCCCUGCAUGCAGCAGCUCAUUGGGGCCAGGAGGAGGUGUGCACCCUGCUUGCCGACAACAUGUGCGAUAUGGGUGCCGUCAACAAUGUGGGCCAAACACCUCUAGAUGUUGCCGACGAGAAGCUUGUGGACACGCUGGAGGAGCUACAGAAGAAACAGAACGCCUUACGCAGCGAGAGAGAGAAACAGACUCCUGUUAUUGAGACCAGCUCACAAGUCUCCAUGGUACCAGGUCGUGCACGCAGGACUUCUAUCUCUCGUAUGAGCAGUAAGGAGAAGAUCUGCCUCCACGAGCGGGAGAAGCACCCGCCUCCGGCCCUGCAGAGCAGCCCGGCCGAGGACGAGGAGGAGGAAGGGCAGACGGGACAGAGCCAGUCCCAGAGCCAGAGCCAGCCGCAGGCGAAAGCGUCCAGCAGCUCCAGCUCGGAGGAGGAGAGCGAAUCUGAGAGUGAUGCUGAGUCGGAGAAAGCGAAAAACCGAGAGAUCAUCAACAACUUGAACAACAAACGCAACACCACCACUCUGCUUCCUACCUCCAUGUCAACGAGCACUGCUGCAAGUCAAGUGAAAAAGGAACCAAGCAAACCCACGGCCACCGAGGCCCCGGUCUCCUGGAGAACAUCUCUGAGGAAGGCCGGCAGCUCGGUGACCCUUGGCUCCGUGGGACUGUCCGACUCCAGCCAGGACCCCAGCAGACCUCCAGAAUCAGGCCUGGGCAUGACCCGAUCCGCCUCCAGCCCCCGCCUCAGCUCCGAGGCUGACACCAAGGAGCCGCGGAUGGCUAGGGUACCGCCCAUUCCAACGCGGAGACUCUUCAGUAUUCCCGACAGCAGCCCUGACAACACCAACAGUUGGUUAAGCCGUAGCUCCUCUUACACGCGGCGCCUUCAUAGUCAAACAGGAAAUGAUCUCACUAGUUCCACCCCCUAUUUGCUUCACAGCUCAUCUUAUGGAAGGAGACUGGAUGACCCCACCUUGACCUCAUCUAGCAUAGGAACAACCUCAUCUGGACUCAGCCGCCUCAAUAGUGUCUUGGCACAGAGACUUCCUCAGGAACAGACAGAAAAGAAGGAUCGGUCUGCCAUCACCACCUCCACCACUCAGAGCAUGACCACAGGCGAACAGGAGACCAAGCAGAGGCGCAAGUCAUAUCUGACACCCGUGCGGGAUGAGGAAGCAGAGGCCCAGAGGAAAGCUCGUUCCCGUCAUGCACGGCAGUCACGCCGUUCCACUCAGGGGGUGACACUGACAGAUCUGCAGGAAGCGGAGAAGACGAUGAAAACCAUGAAGACUGACAACGAAGGGAGAGAAAAGGAGGAGGAAGAAAAGGAAGCAAAAGCGAAGAAGGCAGAGGAGGGGGAAGUGAGCUGGAGGUCUCGUAUUGCCAGCUUGCAGAAGUCGGACCUGCUGGGCCUCACUCAGCCCGCUGGCACUCCACGUCCUCAGGCUUCUGACAGGGGAGAUGUUGAGGCCAGCCCGGGGGAGAGUGAGACCAUGCGAUGGGCCAGGGAGCGCAGGGAGAGGAGACAAGCUCGGGCCAAAAGGAAGGGGCAGAGGCCUGGGGAGAGUGAUGACAAUGAUCCCAGUGGAGAGGAAGAGUUCUCAGGCAGUGGGCUGGAUCCACAGACAGGCCGGCAAUUGACUUCCAGGUCAGAGGCCUCCUGUAACGACCGUACCCAGGGAGGAGAAUCCGAGACCAAGGAUUUUAAGAAGUUGUUCGAGGAGGUCUCCAGAGAAAACAACCAGCUCCAGUCUCAGCUGCAGGACACUCAGAGGAUUGUCAGUCAGACUAGGUUGGACCUGGAGAAGGCCACGCAGAGACAGGAGCGCCUCAGUGACUGUUCAGCCAUGCUGGAUUUGGAGAGAAAGGACCGAAGGAUGUUGGAGCGGCGAUUGGCAGAGCUGGAGGAGGAGUUAAAGGUUCUGGUUGACCUGAGAGCAGACAACCAGCGUCUUAAAGAUGAAAAUGGAGCACUGAUCCGUGUCAUCAGCAAACUCUCCAAAUAAAUGUGGAGAGCAAGAGAGAGAGAGACACACACACACACACACACACACACACACACACACACACACACGCACACACACACGAAGAGCAGGGAACCCCCCCCCCUUUAUCCCUCCCUCCUUUCACACAUUCCUCCCAGUGCCAAAGAGCGAGAGGGGGGAGAGAAGCAGCAGAAUGUCCUACGUAUACGAGCACCACGACUUGACUUGGAUUGUGAUGCCUCUCCGUGAACAGCUGGAGUGGCUUUUGUGUGCCUUAAUGUCCGUUCAUCACAGAAAGACCGAUGGCACGGAGGCCCUUGGCUUCGGUCGGAGGCUCCCAACGGUCGCAACAUGAGACUUGACAACAGCCAAAAAUGCCCACGGCUGGUGGAACACACUAAACACAGCAUUUACUACGACUGUGCAUCAGGGGAACCCGAACAUACACACACACAUUCCUAUGCGUGCAUCACAUAAUUCCUCGAUGCACAUUCCACUGAGCGGACAAGGCAGCUUGGGCCUUCAAGCUCCCACUAAGUAUUUGUUUUUGUUUUUUUGUUUUUUUGUGAACACACUCACAUCAUACACUCACAAAUUGAUCACACUCACAGUCCAAAAUUGAAACGUGUUGUCAAGCAGUGAAGCUCUGAAACGACGUUUCAAGGCUCCGCCGUUGCGCUCGGCAUCGUCCUGACGACACGGGGGAAGUCCAUAAAGCUCCGUUGGGUUGUUUUGUUUCCACAUUGCAAGUGUUUGAAUCCACCUACCUCUCCACCUCUGCACUUCCCCACAAACAUUUUUAUUUUGUGACCACAGACACACUCCAUUCUCUUAGGUCAGUUGACCGCAGCACUUUACUCUCUGCAAAGCGAUGAAAGAUCUGCGAGGCCUUGCCCGUCCUCGAGACAGACGACCUCAGAGCAGCACCUCCUCACUUAGCAAGUGGAGGGAGGGGUUACCCACAGCUGAAGGUCAAAGGUCAUUGCACAAUUAUUAAGAAAUUGCUGUUCUGUCAAAGCCUAUUAUGCAAUGAAUGGUUUUAAUUAUUACCAUUGAUAAAUAUAUUAUUUUCAUAGUUUUUCAUGUCAGUUCCUCUUUUGCAAUGGAGCAUAGAAAUGUAUAUUACAUGUGUAUAAAUAUUAGUCUUGAAUAAUACCCUUUUGAAGUCAAGUUCCAUGUAGCCACCUUUUCACAUGUUGGGUUUCUAAUAUAUUAAAUGGAUGUCUGCACCCUAUUAAAAAAAAGUGUUUGUA